AUGGCGGCCACUGCACCGAGUUCCUUGCUUCUCUCUCCGCUCAUCCUCCUCCUCCUCCUGAUGCUCCUGCUCUUUCCGGCAGCAUCCAUACGGCCGGCGAAGGUGCAGGGGGAAAGCAGGUUGGGGGCCGGGCUCUUCCCGCCGACUUGCGGGCGGAUCGAGUGCCCCACGUACGAGGUCGUGGAUCAGGGCAAAGGCUACGAGAUCCGGCGCUACAACUCGACGGCGUGGACUUCGACGGCAGCCAUAGAGGAUAUCUCUCUGGUGGAGGCCACCAGGACCGCUUUCCUCCAGUGAGUCUUCGAUUUCCCCCUUUGCUUUCUUUCGUUGACGCUUGAUUUGUGUAUCAGGGUUCACGAUCUGGUUCCGGAGGCGGUGUCGGAACCUCUGUUGAUGGGGAUGACGAAAGGGGAUGUGGAGAGGUCGUGAGGGAAUGGUUUCUCGGUGGAAAUGGAAAUCCUCCGAGAAUGACAAUCAUUGAACAUCCUACCCUCUGAUCGAUCAUCCGUAGACAUUAGGGAUGGGAGGAUAAUCCGUAGCGACCGCUAGUUACUGUCUCCGGAUCAUGUGAAUAUGAUCAGUCGCACGUCUUCCGUGGUGAUUGAUCUGCGGAAAAUGCGGAUGGGAUAAAGAUAGAUCAUCCGUAGCGGCUGCAAGGUGAAUGAGAUCUGCUGCGGAUCUUCUGUGGUGAUCCUUGGGAAUUAGAGGAUGGCGGCGACUGCUAGUUGGUCGUCGACCACGAGAAUGACAUCUGCUGAGCAGUCGGCGUCCCUCAUUGUGUUCUGUGCCUGGAUGAUGACGAUGAUGACUCAGAGAAAUCCCCUGAGAACGGAAAUUUUCUCUGUUUUUUUCGGAUCACUUUUAGCUCUGCUCCCGCCAAGUGAUCAGUGAUCUUCUGUGCCUGGAUGAUGAUGAUGACUGCAGCGAUCCAUGAUCACCUUUCGAGCUCUGUUCCCGCCUUUCGCUUCACAUAUUGCCUUGGAAAGAUUUGCUUUGCUGUGAAACCCGUGAUUUCUAUUCUUUUCAAAGUGCCUUGAUCUCCAUGGUUGCACAGAUUGGGGAAGAACCACCGAGGUCGAGGAGUGAUCAGCGAAAGAUUGGGGAUCACCCGCUCUCUAGAAAGUAGAACCCACUAAAAUCAUUAGUUUCGGGAAAGAAUUGAUUUCCUAUGAAAUCAGUCCGUGGAAGUUUUUCACCAAUCAUGGGAUUCCUAUCCGGGCCUACCUUUUCUUAGUUUCUUUGUACUCGAGUUAAUUUCUCGCCCAGGCCGGGAAAAUCAUUUGACUGUGUUGUCUUUAAUGAUUCAAGCAGGUAUAACCCACUAAAACCGUUGUUUUUGGGGAAGAACUGACUUUCCAUGAUAUCAAUCCACGGAAUUCUUGUACUAAUAAUUGAAUUCUUGUACCUAUCUGGGCCUACUUUUUUUUUUCCCCUUUUUCUGCUCCUGUACUUGAGAACAAUCGACUGUGUUGACUGACUUUCAUGAUUCCAUCCACCCUUUCAAAUUUUUGUUGUUGUUGUUGUUGUUGGGUUCGAUGAAAUCUGGUGGGGAUUUCGAUCUCGAUCCCGAUGUGAGCUGUUUGUUCUUGGCGCAGGCUGUUCGACUAUAUCCAGGGGAAGAACGAGUACGGGGAGAAGAUAGAGAUGACGGCGCCAGUGAUCACGGAGGUGGCCCCCAGCGACGGGCCCAUCUGCGCAUCGUCCUUCGUCGUGAGCUUCUACGUGCCGAAGAAGAACCAGGCCAACCCGCCGCCGGCUGCCGGGCUCCGCCUCCGGCGGUGGGCCACGAGGUACGUGGCGGUGCGCCAGUUCGGGGGCUUCGUCUCCGACGGGGGCGUCGGGGAGGAGGCGGCGACGCUAUACGAGAGCCUCGCCGGCUCCGAGUGGGCCGCCGCCGCCGACCCCGCCGCCGCCUAUAUCGUCGCCCAGUACAACUCCCCCUUCGAAUUCACCGGCCGGGUCAACGAGAUUUGGAUCUUCCUCGUCGAGGGAAUAAAAUUCACCAUCCAGUAG